CCCUCAAAACCAAUUUGCAGCAAAGUCUUUCUUUCCGGACCAAAGAAGAAGAAGAAAAGCUGGAAUAGUUCUGCAACAAAGUUUCUUAUGUGUUAACAGUUAAAAAAGAAGCUCUGAAAAAAACAAUUAAAAGAUCAUGGGAAGGGCACCUUGUUGUGACAAGGCUAAUGUGAAGAAAGGACAUUGGUCACCUGAAGAAGAUGCAAAGCUCAAGGAGUACAUAGAGCAAAAUGGAACAGGAGGAAACUGGAUUACUCUUCCACAAAAAGCUGGUCUGAGGAGAUGUGGGAAAAGUUGCAGAUUAAGAUGGCUUAACUAUCUCAGGCCUAAUAUCAAACAUGGAAAAUUCUCUGAUGAUGAAGAUAAGAUCAUCUGCACUCUUUUUGCAACCAUUGGCAGCAGGUGGUCAAUUAUAGCAGCUCAGUUGCCAGGAAGGACUGAUAAUGAUAUAAAGAACUACUGGAACACAAAGCUGAAGAAGAAACUAUUUGGCAGGGUUCCCCAGUCUCAAAGGAAACCCCAUCAGAUUUCACCUUCACCAUCAUCAUCUACAUUACUCUACAAUUGCAGCAACAACACUUAUCACACACCACCUACAUCUUUUUCAUGCUUUGAACCAUCAUAUUCCUCAAGCUUCUCAAACACUAGUGCUUCUUGCCUUACUUCUGCAUCAAUUCUUCAACCCCGGGAAAGUUCACUAGGCCCAAUCCAGCUUCAUCAGCUGCAUGAUAAUGGUGUCCAGAUGCUUGGAGGUGAACCUAGUUGCACCUCAUCUGAUGGGAGUUGUAGCAUCAACAAAGAAUUAGAGUGCAGCAAUGGUGAUCAUCAUCAACAAAUAGGGACGCACUUUUACAAUAAUUUCUGCAGUGAAGUUGCUGAUGGAAGCCAGAAGCUGAUCAUGUCAUCAAAUCAUGAUCAUGGAUGGUCAACUGAAACACCAUUAGAUUAUGGGAUUGAGGAAAUUAAGCAGCUAUUUAGUACUACUAGUAGUUGUAACACCUUUAUUUAUUAUGAAAACAAGGCAGAUGGAAAAGUUAUGUACUAAUGAUCUGACUGUAACUGUGUGUAAAAUCAGAUGGAUUUGAAGGGUAAGGGGCUCAGAGAUUUAGAUUUUU